AGGGGACAAGCAAAACAAACACGUACAAUUUCACCAUAGAAUGAGCCUGUGAGACCCUGUGGAGUUGUUGAUAGUGUGAAGAGAGAUUUGGGGAUUGUGAAUUGUGUGCAGAAGCAAUCAGCGAGGAUGGAUUCCCAAGGAACGUCCUUCAGUGAAAAUGAGAUGCUGAAGGCGCUGUACGACUUCCAGGCCAUCUAUCCCAAGACCAUCAGCUUCGACGAGGGCGAGUACUUUAUCCUCCAUCAGACGAGCGCCAGGCAGAGGAACUGGUGGCAAGUCGUGAGCAUGAAGGGAAACAUUGGAUUUGUGCCAUCGAAUUAUGUAAUGAAACUCAAGGUGGAGCCGGAGUUCUUGGUGGGCUUCCUCGAUUCCAGCAUCGAAUCCCUGAAAUUGUCCACGGACGAGGAGGUGAAUGGCAUCAUAAAUCGCAUGGAGCUGAUCCAGCGGCUGGAGGAGAGGAAGAAGCGAGCAUUUCUGGCGCUCAAGAAGAGUCCGGAAGUGAAUAAUCACCUUCCGGGAGAAUCCACACACAGCAGCGUGAUGAUGCAGAAAGUGGAGAGACACGACGCAAAGAGUGCCAUCACGAAGAAGAGCCUCUCGAGUCCGGCGGUGGGUGUUCAGCCACCGCCGCAGCCAAUCCAGGAGAGUCCCAGCUUGGGCGUCCUCGCGGCCAAGCUAGACGAUGUGAGCAUCUCGGAGCCCUCUGAAACCACCCAUACAACGACGAGUGACAGUGAGAUCACGACCAUUUCCAAGGGCGAGGAGAACUCGCAGAAGAUCGUGAGUCCGCCUAGUGCGUUCAACAAUCGCAACGCUACGGUGCCGACGCACAACGGCGGCCCGGAGGACGCACAGAACCACCUGGACGAUGUGGAUGUGGACAAGAGAGGCUUCAGCGAAGUUAACAGGAUCACCUCGGACGAUGUCUACCUGAUUGUUGACUCCAUUCGACUCAACACUAAUCUCAGUCACACUGACUCGUGCAUCGCCCUGCGCACGGUUCUGACGGAAGUGGGCACUUUGCUGCCCCACAUAGCGCCCCAAUUGGAGACAGUUGCGUCUCAUCUGAACUCCGAACCUCUCGUGGCGCCGGACAAUCUUCUGGGCGACACACACGAUUCCAGGCGACUCCGCGCGAUCUUCGCUGACUUGGCGGACUGCAAGAAUGACUCGGAACAGAGGAGUUGGAUGCUGUUCGAGGACGAAGACGAGAUCAUCCAGUACUUGACUGUCCUCAAUGGCAUUCUGAAAAAUGCCGACCCCAAGAUUUGCUGCUACGAGAUGUCGUGUGAUCACUACCAAAGCAUUAUAAACUUAGUCCAAUACUACCAAAUGGAGACCAGAUGGACGAUCAGGAGACUCUUGCUGGACGCUUUCAAAGCCAUCUGCCAGCUCGACUACACAGCCGUUGACGUCCUGCUGGGAUCUGUGCUGCCGACGGAGCUGAUUCAGGACAUGACUUCCAAUUCCUCGAAUGUGGAGCGCCUCAAGGAAUUGGCGAUGAUGAUGACAAUGAUCUUUUCCAUCGGCCUGAAGAUGCCAGUGACGCACGAGGAGCACUUCGGGAAGGACUUUCUUCUGUUUGUGCUCAACAUCAUUGAGUGCCCGCCGGCGACGGACAUAAAUGAAAUCCUGCCGGAUGUCAUGAUCAACCUUGUGUUGUCCUUCAAUCUGCAAUUCGACCACUUUGCCAACAGUGUUGUCCUCGAUGCAUUUCGCGAGAUGCGAUCGGCCAAGACGUUCACGGAGAAGCUCCUGAUGCUGAUCAACAGGGAAACUGAUCCCGUGAGGAUGCUGAAGCACACAACGCCUUUCGUCAAUUCAGUCCUGAAGAUGAUUGUCGAUCUGUUUGGUGCUCCAGAGACGGCGUCGCUGUUCUACUCGAAUGACAACAAAGUGCUGAUCGAUAUUCUCGUGCGGCAGCUGUCGGACUUGAGUCCGGAGGAUCCUUUGAGACGAUGGUAUUUGGAGUUGUGUCGCAGAAUCCUGAGGAACACCGAUUAUCCGGAUCACACGCAUCGCAAGCAGGAUCUGAUGAAGAUCUUCACGCGCAUCUUCUGUGAGGAGGCCGAAUCGAGCCUCAAAGAUCAACAGCUAGUCCGUGAAAUUGCCAAUGAAUUCCCACAAAUAUUUAAGGCUUAAGAAUGAGAGUUUGAUGUGGAGUAGUAUUACAGAUGUUCUGCAUGAUCACAGAUUCUCUGUCGUGCCAAUUGAGUUAAGAUCUCUAAAUCACGUACACUUUUGACCUCUCUAUCUCCUCUAUAUAGCGAAUAUGCAAUAGCUCGCAUGUGACUCACAAGGAAGUCUAAUGUUAGAGGAUCUUCCAAGGAAAAAAAAGGCUCUUUUACCCAUUUGCACAAAAACAGUCAUAAAUGGUGCCAUUUGAAAAGUAAUUACCUUAACAGAAAAUAUAAUGCAGAUUUACUAGCAUAAUUGCCGUUUGAAGUAGAUAAUAUAAAAUGUAGAGAGAAGAAUAUGAAAAGCAUAUAUUUAAAAUCAUAUUGUCGUUCUCUAAAUAAACUUUAUUAAUUGUUAUUGCAUUAUCGACAAAGUAAUUUGAAGGAAGAAAAAUUGUAUAUCAUUCCAAAAAAAUUAAGAGAAAUUAACAGAAAGUCCAUCGUGUUACUUUCCCUCUCGUCUGAAAUAGAUUAUAAUUGUUAUUAAGAAGAAACUUAACAAAUUCAUGUCGGUCUACAAGAUAUUUACAAGAACAGAAAAAUACCUAUAUAAUAUUUCAAACACAUUUUUAGGAGUUUUAAAUAAUGUUUAGACUUAAAAUACAGGAUUUGACAGUCUUUCAUGCACUUUUGGGCUCGAAGAAUGGCAUUUAAGUAUUUUUGUUAGAAAACUCUCAAUUCCUGAAUGAAAAAUUAUACCUUUCUAUGAAUGUAACUAAAAUACAGAUUGGUUGCAAUGUAUGCAUUCCCAGUAUAUAUUUUCCCCUUGAAAAUCAAACGGAGUUUACAUUUCUCGGACUGUCCGCU